AUGAAAGUCUCACUUUAUUUGGUUUUGUUUUUCACUAUUCUAAUCGUGUCAGUUUGUAAGUUGUAUAUAUUUUUUAAUAAAAAAAUCUAAUUCAAAAAAUUUCAGAUACUGCUCCAUGUGAAGGACACGCGCCAGCACAAAAAGUCGAAGCAGCUACCAAAAAACCACUAACUGGAAAAGAACUCGAAGAAUAUUGCAAAGAUCAUCCAGAAUGUGAAGAAUGCAAAAAACUCGCGAAAAAGGGAAAGAAACAUCGCAAACAUCAUCAUAAACAUCACAAAAAAUCUGCCGUGAAAGACAGUGAGAAGAAAGAGGUGAAAAAUUAA